UCAGACAGUCCAGCUGAGCACAGUGACCGCCAACACCAAGAGGCAGCCUCAGCGCACGGUGCAGCAGGUGAACAAUCACAAGCUUUCAGUGUUCAGCAAGGUGUGUUAUGCCAUUGGUGGAGCCCCCAAUCAGGUGGCCGGAAGUGCAUCCGCAUUCUUUCUACAGAUCUAUUUGUUAGAUGUGGCGCAGAUCACGCCAUUUGAAGCCUCUCUUGUGCUGUCCAUUGGCAAGACUUGGGGUGGGAUUACAGAUCCUGUUGUUGGAUUUUUCAUUAACAAAAGUAGAUGGACGGGAAUCGGACGGUUGAUGCCAUGGAUGCUGGGCAGCACUCCUUUCCUGAUAUUAUCUUAUUUCUUCUUAUGGUUCGUCCCUCCGUUCUUGACUGGAAGAGUCGUCUGGUACCUGGUGUUCUACUGUUCCUUCCAAGCGCUGAGUACAGUAUACCACGUCCCAUACACGACCCUGACCAUGUUCCUUAGUACAGACCAGAUGGAGAGGGAUUCAGCCACCGCGUACCGAAUGACAAUGGAGGUCUUAGGGACCCUUAUUGGAGCAGCAUUGCAGGGCCAGAUUGUAGCGAGCGCUCACACCGGACGCCACUGUAUGGCGAACGAGACUUUGAACCUAACAGUCAAUGCCACAGACUCCAUAAUGAACACCACCUUCCUGCCAGGAACACCCGAUCUUCUUCAUGCGAGGAACGUUUACAUGAUUGCAGCGGGAGUAAUAGGCUGUGUGUAUCUGCUGUGCACAGUUAUCCUAUUCAUCGGCGUUAAAGAACGACAUGACCCGUUUUACUUUUCGGGGAAGGUGAUUCCAUUUUUACAAGGGUUCAAACUCUCUAUGCAGCAUGGACCAUACCUAAAUCUGAUAGCAGCGUUCCUGCUUAUCUCAGCUGCUGUUCAGCUGCAACAGAGCAAUUUUGUCCUUUUUUGCACGCAUGCCGCUGCUGCAGAUCUCCGGGAUCAUUUUCAGAAUCUGGUUCUGACAAUUCUGGUCUCGGCGGUUCUUAGCAUUCCAUUUUGGCAAUGGUUUUUGCAAAGAUUUGGCAAGAAAAUGGCUGCCUUUGGGAUUUCAUGGAUGAUCCCCUUUGCCAUCAUGUUGGUGACCAUUCCUAGCCUCAUUGUGGCUUAUGUGGUAGCAGUAACGUCUGGGUUCAGCAUAGCAGCAUCCCUUCUUUUACCAUGGUCCAUGCUUCCCGAUGUAGUGGAUAAUUUCCGCUUAAUGAAUCCUCAAGCCACGGGACUGGAAGCAAUUUUCUACUCAUCAUUUGUCUUCUUCACUAAGCUGUCUGCUGGGAUCGCACUCGGAAUCUCCACAAUGAGCCUCGAAUUCGCUGGAUAUAGCAGUGCUGCGUGUAAACAGUCCAGCCAUGUGGUGGUGACACUCCAAAUACUGAUCGGCGCGGUGCCUGCCAUCCUUAUUAUUAUUGGGCUACUCAUCCUACUCUUCUACCCAAUCACGGAGGACACAAGAAAGGAAACUGAACUAGCACUUGAUGUCAUGAGGUUGCGGACCCGGCGUUCAACACUUAUUGUUAUCUGAGACUCUGCAAAAUUCUGUUCUAUACUUUAUCAUGAAUCUGGAUGCAAACUCACACAUCAUUGGCAAUGCUGCCCUAGUGGCCCAUCCACUGCGCAGUCAGAGCGUACACAGCGCCAUCUAGGAGGCAGUAAUAUUUAUUCAUAUAUGGAUCCCUUCAUUGACCUGCACUCCGAGACCUGAAUUUUGUUUGAGGCAGCUUUUCUUAUAGCUGUGCAGAAGAUCAAAUGUAAAUUGAUUUCAGUAAUUAAAAGCAUUACUUUCAU